AUGGUAGUACCAGCUAAAACCCCUAGCUUUUGGCAAUGGAACUCUCCGUUGCCAUAUCUGUUUUUUGGCUUGGGUGCCAUGUUAACUCUCAUCACCGUAGCAUUAGUAAUCCUUGCUUGUUCCUAUCAUAAACGAUUCUCCAACGUGUCGGGCGGCGAUGAGGAGAAGUCGUCGGUGAAGCCCUCAACCACCACUGCCGCUGCCAUGACGCCACAGAUUGUUGUCAUCAUGGCCGGUGAUGAAAAUCCCUCACAUUUGGCAGUCCCGGUGUCUUCUCCGCCGGAUAAUUGCCCAGACGAACAGGGCCACCAUCAUGUUUGA